AUGGUUCCGUGCACGCAUCUUUCGUACCCGCAAUUAAAAACUAAUACAGGUCGCUCCAAAACGACUGAGUACGUGUUACAAAAAAAGUACCGCAUAGUCGAAGCGACUUUCCUACACGUCCGUAUCAAAAUCGUCGGCGAACGUCACGCCGCGCUUACCGCGGCUCACGGCGUCCGCCACGGCGCGGUUAAACUCGCGCGCGAUCAAACGCGCCCGCGAUAUGACUGCCCGGUUCGCGCGUUUUCCCUACAACUGAAACGAUUUCCCACCGCAUGCGCACAACUCUGCAUUGUUCUGCAAAUAGGGCUGGGCCUCGCAGCCGAGCCAGUACACGCGCGCAUCUGA